AUGGCCGCCGCGCUCUCGCUUCCUUUCCGCCGUGCGUUGUGUUGUGGCAUGGGAAUGCGUCGUUCUUGCGUUGCCGAGUGUGGAAGCUAGGGGUGAUAUAAUUACGAUGUAAAGUAUGGAGCUACCGCAAAAGGAAAGCAGUGCGAUUAGACUGUCCGUUGUCUCCGAAGAAGUUUCCACAUUAUUGAGGGAAGCCGAGAUGGAGGAAGAAAUUAUAUAUAACUCCGGAGGUAUGGACGAUUGCAGCGAUGCAGAAGUUGAAGAGAUCGUGGAAAUAAUAGAAGAAAUCGAGGAGGUCGAGGAGGACGACGUCGAGAAGGAGCUACUAUCAAAAGGUGACGACAUGGAAAUAGAAAAGGAGCUGGAAGAGAAUGACAGAUUAUCCAAGAAAGAUUAUGUGGUCCAUAAAGAGAGCGAAAUGCUAAUUGAGACCAUGACAAAGCCAAUUAAGAAAUCUAGUGAAAACCCAGCUAAGAAACAUAGUAAUAAGCAAGUCGUGACAUAUGAUGUCGACGAAGAUUGGGAAGACGAGGAUAUCGAGCACGAUCAGUACGAUCCUAAAGCGACUCGGUUGCUUGGCAAUAAAACGGAGUCCGAGGAGUUUAUUAAUUCAAAGUCUCAGAAGAGAUGUGAAUCUUUAAGUGAAUACGACCGUCACAUGAACGGCACAAGGACCAUUGAGAUCGCCAACAGCAGCCAACACGAGAUCGUGAAGAAUGCUGAGAAUAAUUUAGUCUACACAGUUUUGGGCUCGAAGAAGCAAAGUGGUCCGGUGAAAACAUCUGAGGAUAAAUUCUCCUCUGCGAGAUACAUGAAGAUGGAGCAGUUACAGGAGGAUACGAUUCCAGUCGAGGGUACUAUUUACUACGAAGGGGAUGAUAUCGAGACUCUGUACAUGUCACAGACCAGCAACGACAAUGAACAGUACCAGUACGGAAGCAAUUCGAUGGAACAGGAGGAACAAGAGUGGGAAUCCGCAGAUCAAAGCACUGAUCAACAACGGGAGGAAGAGAAUUCACAGGAUCAGAUUUUCUUGCACGAGGACGAGGAUGGUCAGCUUUAUUUCAAAGAUGACAACGGCACUCUGCAACCUGUCUAUCUAACCCCGGAUGGAAAUUAUGCCAUCGCUGAAAACAGUAACGAGGACAGGAACAGUCCUGAGAGCGAGACCCAAGUCGUACAACAUAAUCAAUCGGAGUCCGGAGCUCUUGCUCCAAGCUUGGAAAUGAGAUCUGGAGUUAACAGUAAACAGACUACCGUCGUACCAGCAUCGUCUCUUAAUGAUGUCGACAACGAGGAUAAUACUGUUACGAUAUCUCUGAUAAUAUCUGAAGAUGAGCACGGACAGAAGCGAACUCAAGUCAUCAUUCCAACUACCGACAACCUUAAAUGCGAGAUCUGUAAUAAGAGUUUCAAGACGUCCUUUCAGCUAUUGAGACAUAAUAGACUGAAGCAUGCGAGAGAGGAAGAUAUCACUACGAGGAAUUUUCCUUGCGACUUGUGCCCUAAAAGGUAUCCCGAUCAGAAUACAUUGGCUCGGCAUCGAAAGAGCCACACUGGUGACAGACCGUACCAGUGUCUCGAGUGUCACAAGAGCUUCCCCACCUCUACUGCGCUGCGAAGACAUCUCACUCUCCAUAACAAUCAAUCGCGUCCUUUACCCUGUAUCUAUUGUGGCCGUCGUUUUAUGGAGAAGUCGAGCUUGGCUAGGCACGAGGAAUCACACUUGUCGACUAAUCAAGGCUCUCUUGCUUGCGAGAUUUGUCACAAGGUAUUCCUAGACGAGACCGACCUAAGCAUGCACAAGAAAUAUCACGAUCCUGACAGGAAGUUUGACUGCGAAGUCUGUGGUCGAGAGUUCAACAGAUUAAAUAACCUGCAACGACACAUGAUGGUCCACCAACAGCAAGGGGCUAACGAGGAGAUAUUGGCCUGCGAUGUAUGUGGCAUUACGUACAAAUUCAUGAGCUCCUUGACGAGGCACAUGGUGACCACUCAUAUGAAUCCUGAGAAGUUGAGGCAGCAAGCCGAAGAGCAGAGAAGGAAGAGGGAGAAUAAUUAUAGACGGUAUCUGGAGAAUCGGAAGAUGUACGAGACCCAACAUUCUGGCUAUAGCUUGAAAAGAAGUUACAACGCCACGAGGGCUGCUGCUGAGAACGACGACGAAAACGUGUGACUUGAAGUUUGAUUUAGAUCGACUCGAAGUUUCGUAUUUCCGUCGUUUCGACUUUCUAACGUACCUACGAAUCCAUCGAUCCACCCUGUAUGUGAACCGAUAUUAUCACUAUCGCAAUUCCCCGCACUAUUAUAAAUAUUAAGCGUUACACCGACAUUUUUCUGAGACCUAAUUCUAAGUAUUUGCCAGUACGCCAGCAAGUACAUAUAAAUGAAUAUGUGCAUUUAGAACAUUUACAUGGAAGGCUUGGCUCUCCGAUGUACUAUCCAUAUACAUAAUAGUUUACAACCAA